AUGAAUAAAUACGAUGUUCUGGAAAUUACAGGAAAAUGUGUUGGUAGUAAUGAUUUAUACGAAUUACAUAAAACAUUGAAAGUGAUGCGCGAAAAAGCGUUGAAAUAUGAAGAGCAGUCAAAACAAGUUCAAGCCGAAGUAAGCAGUUGUCGAGAAAAUAUACAACGAUUGGGACAAAACAUUUCAAAACAAGGUCGAAUUGAACUAAAAAGAAAAGCUGUCCGAUAUGGUGAAUUUAAAGCAUAUUUGAAAUACCAAGAUCGAGUUUCAAUGUAUCAGCGCUCAGUCCAAGCAUGGAAGAAGCUUAAGGUGAUUAGAACUGAGAUAAAAUUUAAAUUUAAAUCUUCACAAGAGAAAAUGAAUGAAUGGUCUCAAGAUGUUGAAAAGAGUAAUGAAGUCUACCAGAUAAAACUCGAGCAAACUAAAGCCCAAAAUCCAAGUUUAGCAAAUGCUAUCGAUACAUUGAUCGAAAAUCAUCGUUAUGUAAUUGAAAAAAUACGUAAACAAUUACGUAAUAAAAAACAUGAAGAAAAACACCGAAUGGAAAAUGUUCAGGACAUUAGUGCUCAAAUUGAAAAGUUAUACAACCAAUUGAGAACAGUGAAUCAAAAUUCUAACGAUAAUCAAUCUUUAGAUGUACGUGUUGAAUGGAAUCGAUUAGAAAAACAACGUAACAGAUUGAUUCAAGAAAGUCAUGUUUUACGACUUCGUGAUGAACAAAUAAAUGAUGAUUUGAGAAAAUUGCAUGCACAGCCAGCACAUAAACAAUGUGAAUUAGAAUCAAUACAAAAUAUGCGUCUACAAAGUCUACAGUUAUCUGAUCCAGAUAGUUAUAAAGCUGUUAUAUGGUAUCGAAACAAUAAAAAUUUGUUUAGAAAACGGGUGUAUGUACCAAUGAUUUUAUCACUGAAUAUCGAAGAUCAAGAUAUGGCAAAAUAUGUUGAAUUUAUCAUACCGAAACGUGAUUUAACAGCUAUGUUUAUCUUUGAAGAUACUGACGAUAUGAAAUUAUUCAUUAAUGAAUGUCAUACAAAGCAAGACUUAGUUGUUUACGUUUCAACUAUACCACAACUGACACUGCAAGAUUUUAAAACACAAGUACAACCAAUUGCAUAA